AGACGCGUGUGCACUAAGAACUACAUUUCCCAUGCUGCAUCAAGCCCGACCCGGAAGUUUAAAUCCCGCCCUCUACGGGAAGAGUGUCAUGAAUAAAAAUACACAUAAAAACCCAAGCAUGGGGGGCUUUUUGUUGUUUUUUAGAUGAGUAACUGCUGUCUUUCCUGUGGGAGCCAUCUUUCCGAAAUAGCGGCUUCUUUAAGCCUCAAAACGUGUUCCUGAGCUUCAGUAGGCAGGGUGGCGCUUUGGCCACAAGGCGGAGGUCACCGGACGGAAUUGGCGGGAGAAUAAGAUUGGAGCCCAGGAGCUAAAGCUGCCCCGACUUUUUAAGAUUCAUGGACGCGGAUAUUUAAGAAUGAGUCAAACAAAAAUCCUGUUCUCCAGGAUCUCACAACCUUGUCAAGAGACAUAGACAUAACCAUAUAGUUACAACAUGAGGAAGCACUUUGUUAAACACAGAAUUGGCCGGAUGGAGCAGUUACCAGAAACUGAUUAAGGAGUAAUGUGAGGAUUCUUGUUCUCUCAAAAGCUAUCAAGAGCAAAAGAGGCAGUGCCACCGUGGUAACAGAAGAUAUCCUGGGAGGAAGCAUAUUCACCUUGUACUUGAGGAAACUGGUAGCCUCCAAUGGCUCCUGUGAAGAUUAGCCAUGUAGUAUCAUUUUCCUCUCAGGAUCCCAAGUAUCCUGUGGAGAACCUGCUGAACCCCGACAAUCAUAGGGGACCUUGGCUCAGCUGUCCUCGAGACAAGAGUGGGCAGCUGAAAGUGGAGCUUCAGCUGGAGAGGGUGGUCCCCAUCAGUUACAUCGAUGUCGGUAACUGUGGCUGUGCUUUCCUACAGAUUGAUGUCGGUCGUUCUUCCUGGCCCCUGGACAAACCUUUCGUCACCCUUCUCCCUGCUACCAUGCUAAUGUCCCUUGCUGAUUCAAAAGAGGGGAAGAACCGCUCAGGGGUCCGGAUGUUUAAAAAUGAUGAUUUCCUGACUCCAGCCUCAGGAGAAUCAUGGGAUCGACUUCGACUGCUCUGCUCUCAACCUUUCACACGCCAUCAGUCCUUUGGUCUGGCCUUCGUGCAGGUGCGUUCCUCUCUGGACCACUUGGCUGACCCUGUGAUGGAUCUCUCUGCCCCUGGGGGCUCUGGGCUGAACCAGAACUCUUCUGAUACACUGGAGUCUGAUCCUAGGCCUUGGCUGACAAAUCCUUCUAUCCGGAGGACAUUCUUCCCAGCUCCUAAGACGAGCACCAAGGAAAUUAAAGAGCUCAAGGGUAUGCUGAAGCAGUUGCAACCAGGACCUCUGGGGCGGGCAGCCCGCAUGGUGCUCUCUGCCACCCAUAAGGCACUUCCAGCCAGUGUGGUAAGCCCAAAGAACAGCCAUGGGGAACCAGGUCCCAGUCAUCCAAAGAGUGCAGAGCCCAGAGCAGAAGAACAAAACAGGAAGAAUGAUGUGGGCAGAAGGAAGAGGAGGAAAUUGCAGGAACAAAGACCAUUGUCCAGCUCAAGUUCUCAGCCAAAUAGGAAUGGGGCAGCAAGAGCAAAGCAAAGACAGCACCAACCUCAGACCAAAAGUGACGAUGGUGUUCAGUUUACUGGACAGUGUCCUAUUUGUACAGGCUCCUUCAGCAUGGAGACACUUCCUUUGCAUGCUGCCACUUGUGGAGAGAGCUGCCCACCGCUUCCAGCUUCUCCCUCCUCCUCGUCUUCCUCGCAGUCUGUGCUGAGACGGCAUCGUAUGGCACUAACACUAGCUCCCCCUAUCCCCGGGCCACAGCCCAACUGGACUGAGAUUGUGAACAAAAAGCUCAAGUUCCCACCCACACUUCUGGGUGCCAUCCAGGAGGGCCAGCUGGGUAUCGUGCAGCAGCUGCUGGAGUCAGGCUCUGACGCCUCAGGUGGUGGGCCUCUUCGGAAUGUGGAAGAGUCUGAGGACCGCUCCUGGAGGGAAGCCCUCAACCUGGCCAUCCGUCUGGGCCAUGAGGCCAUCACUGAUGUACUGCUGGCCAACAUCAAGUUUGACUUCCGGCAAAUACAUGAAGCUCUGCUAGUGGCUGUGGACACAAACCAGCCAGCAGUGGUGCGUUGCCUCCUAGCUCGGUUAGAACGGGAGAAGGGUCGAAAAGUAGACACCAAGUCUUUUUCUCUGGCCUUCUUUGACUCAUCAAUCGAUGGCUCCCGCUUUGCCCCUGGUGUCACUCCACUCACACUAGCCUGCCAAAAGGACCUAUAUGAGAUUGCCCAGUUGCUCAUGGACCAGGGCCACACUAUUGCUCGGCCCCACCCAGUUUCCUGUGCCUGCCUUGAGUGCAGCAAUGCCCGAAGAUAUGACCUGCUUAAGUUCUCGUUAUCCCGAAUCAACACCUACCGUGGCAUCGCAAGCCGGGCUCACCUCUCACUGGCCAGCGAGGAUGCCAUGCUGGCUGCCUUUCAGCUUAGCCGGGAGCUCAGGCGCCUGGCACGAAAGGAGCCUGAGUUUAAGCCUCAGUACAUUGCCCUGGAGUCACUCUGCCAAGACUAUGGCUUUGAACUGUUGGGCAUGUGCCGGAAUCAGAGUGAGGUCACCGCUGUGCUCAAUGACCUGGGUGAGGAUAGUGAGACUGAGCCUGAAUCUGAGGGCCUGGGCCAGGCCUUUGAGGAGGGUAUCCCCAACCUGGCAAGAUUGCGCCUGGCUGUCAACUACAACCAGAAACAGUUUGUAGCACACCCCAUCUGCCAGCAAGUUCUGUCUUCCAUCUGGUGUGGGAACCUGGCUGGCUGGCGUGGAAGUACCACCAUCUGGAAGCUCUUUGUUGCCUUUCUCAUCUUCCUCACCAUGCCCUUCCUCUGCAUUGGCUACUGGCUGGCACCCAAGUCCCGGCUGGGCCACCUGCUGAAGAUCCCAGUGUUGAAGUUCCUGCUGCACUCUGCCUCCUAUCUGUGGUUCCUUAUCUUCCUGCUGGGAGAAUCCCUGGUCAUGGAGACUCAGCUGAGUACCUUCAAAGGCCGCAGCCAGAGUGUCUGGGAGACCUCGCUUCAUAUGAUUUGGGUCACGGGUAUGGAGUCCCAAGGCACUGGUCUUCUUGGCUCUCAGCCACUGCCCAUCCUACCCUGCACAGAGCGAAGCGAGUGGCGCACAGAGGACCCCCAGUUCUUGGCCGAGGUGCUCUUUGCUGUCACCAGCAUGCUGAGCUUCACCCGACUGGCAUAUAUUCUGCCAGCUCACGAGUCGCUGGGCACUCUGCAGAUUUCCAUUGGCAGGAUGAUUGACGACAUGAUCCGGUUCAUGUUCAUCCUCAUGAUCAUCCUGACUGCCUUCCUCUGUGGCCUCAACAACAUCUACGUGCCAUACCAGGAGACAGAGAAGCUGGGCAAUUUCAACGAGACAUUCCAGUUUCUAUUCUGGACCAUGUUUGGCAUGGAAGAACACACAGUAGUGGACAUGCCUCAGUUCCUGGUUCCUGAGUUCGUGGGUCGGGCCCUGUAUGGCAUCUUUACCAUCGUCAUGGUCAUUGUGCUGCUCAACAUGCUCAUUGCCAUGAUCACCAACUCCUUCCAGAAAAUUGAGGAUGAUGCUGAUGUGGAGUGGAAGUUUGCUCGCUCCAAGCUCUACCUGUCCUACUUCCGAGAGGGCUUGACGCUGCCUGUGCCCUUCAACAUCCUGCCCUCCCCGAAGGCAGCCUUCUACCUUGUCAGGAGAAUUUUCUGGUUCCUUUGCUGUUGCUCCUCCUGCUGCAAAGCUAAGAAAUCUGACUACCCCCCCAUCCCGACCUUUACCAACCCUGGGGCAAGGGCCAGGCCUGGGGAAGGAGAACGCGGGUCUUACCGCCUUCGUGUUGUCAAGGCUCUGGUGCAGCGCUACAUAGAGACUGCCCGGCGUGAGUUCGAGGAGACCCGCAGGAAAGACCUGGGCACCAGACUGACAGAGCUGACCAAGACUGUGUCUCGACUGCAAAGUGAGGUGGCCAGUGUGCAGAAGACUCUGGCGGCAGGCGGGACACCACGGCCUCCCGAUGGUGCCAGCAUCCUCAGUCGCUACAUCACCCGAGUACGCAACAGCUUCCAGAAUCUGGGCCCCCCCACCCCUGAGACUCCAGCAGAGCUGACCAUGCCAGGGAUUGUAGAGACCGAGGUCUCUUUAGAAGCUGACCUUGAUGCUGUAGGGGAAGCUGAGACUCCGGUGUCCGGAGAGCCCAGCCACUCCUCCCCUGCUCAUGUGCUGGUGCACAGGGAGCAAGAAGCAGACGGGGCAGAGGACCUGCCCCUGGAGGAAGGUCUGGAGACCAAGGGCGAGUCCUAAUGCAACAGAAGGGUCUCUUCUGUCACUGAGUUCAGCAGCCUUGUUGGGUAGAGCAAGGGUCUGCUAGUAGUAGAACAUGGUGUUUCUUUGCCUCAGUAAAAUUUCUGCUGUGGAAGUCA